UUGGCUGGCAGGUGAGACUGGAGUAGCGGGUGUAGGACGCGCGGCGGAGGCGAGCUGGCGCGCUCCGAGCCGGAAUGUCUCCUCUCUCCAUUUCACUUGUUGGCUUUGUCAUGUUACUGAUCACAGUGCAGGUUGUUGCCGGUGAUAAAGGUCAGGCGGGGGUGAAAUGUAUGAAGUACCAUAUAGUUAAGAAGGUCAGAGAAGAUCUUGUCAUCCAGUGCCAUUACUCUUCACCAGAUGAUGCCAACUCCACCACCUUCAGUUGGACAAAGAUGGAUACAAUGAAACUAAUCUACAAUUAUUCAGUUACUCAAAUAGAGCAAGAUCCCAGCUAUCAAGGUCGAGUAGAGGUGUUUGCCCUUGAGAUCCCUGAAGGGAACGUGUCCCUGAGACUGAUGAAUGUGUCUCUAUUGGACUCUGGAGUCUACAAACUUCAUGUCUUUAGUCGAUCCCAUAGCAACGAAGCAGAGAUUGUGUUGAGCGUAAGAGCCAUUGGCGAACAGCCAGUCAUUCGCUCUCAUGUCACCAACCAGGGCCUCUCUGUUCUGGUUUGUGAGUCAUCUGGGUGGUUCCCAGAACCAACGGUAACCUGGGAGAACGGGCUGGGGAAACAGCUGACCAUGUACGCCCAUACGGAGAACCUGAACAGCACGGAUGGCAGCAUCCACACACGGAGCAUACUCAGCCUGGGUCACAGACCCAUCAACAAUUAUACCUGCGCCAUGAGGGACAGGCACCUGAAUGAGACGGUGUCCUUUGUAUUCAUCGUUCUCUUUCCAGGAUCACCUUGGCACAUCGCAGCGGGUGUAGUGGGGACUGUUGUCUGCUCUGUCAUCCUCACUGUUGCACUUUACUGGAGCUGGUAACCAGAUGAACUAGGUUCCCAUCUCUGAUCACUGAAGAGUCAAAGGCUGCCUCUGGUGCUGACACAGAAUGGACUGAAGAAGGGCAGGGGGUGAAAAGGACUUGGCCCCAUUCUGUACGUCGCAGGACUCUCUCUCUUUCCCCUUUGUAACUUCAGAGCCAACCGAGCUGGAGUGGCCUGGCCUUCCCGGAGCUGCUCCACACAGGAUCCAUUACUAAUCAUCUCAUGAGCUGUUUUGUUUUACACUUCGGGGCGUGGCCUUGUCUCGGUGGAAGUGCCUUGAUACGGAACCUACAUAGCAGCGAGCGCUCAGACCAAGCUCACUCUACGUGGCGGAUCGCUGCGGCCCACAUAAUGUGAACUGUGGCAACUGGAGACUUUCUACUUUCAGGUCACCCGCUGGUCGGGGACUGGAUGCCUUAGCACAUUUUUACUGUUCUGAGAGAUCUCCAGUCUGUCACUGUCAGACUUCUUUCAUCUCAUUGGAGGGGAAAGAGAGCUUUAAAAUGCAGUAACAUAGGAGAGGAAAUUCAAAUUAUUCUAUCUGCCUUAAGGAUGGCAGAUCCUUUGAUCUCUUUCCUUUCUGAGGGCUGUAUGCUCCACUCUCCAAGUAUUAGAUUACCUCAAUCAGUUUUGGGCUCUAGAAAUGUAAUCUUUAACAUUUUUGCACAGAAAGAAGCCAUUUUAUAUUUGCCUAAUCCAAAAUUGCUUCUUUUCCCUGCUGCAUCACUUGGUUUAAAUAUUUUCACUGAUAUCAUCAGGGUCAUCACCAUUUCCCCUCAAAAAAAUAAAAUAGCACAUCACAGCA